UCCACUGCACUGGGUCGCCUCCUGGAGCAGCUGCGUAAGAGAGGAGGAACCCUUGCGCACUCUGGCUGUUUGCUCAUUCUUUUACACGUCAUUUCUUUUUGAGACAGAACCUGUGGUCUGUUCGGUCAACCAGAGAAGGAUAAAGAAGAGGGGGGAAUUGUUGGAAUUGUUUUAGCCUUUUUGCAGAUUAAACGGCGAGAGAGCAAAGCGGGGGGAGGAGGAGGGCACUUUGUUCCCCCCUCGGCUCGACACCAUGUUCCCUUUGCGUGGACUGGCUCUUCCCUAGGGUGAGAUUUUACAGAUGAUGGAGAAUAAUAAGCAGCACUCCGAUGGUGCCGUGUACUCUACAAGCCAGGAGGUGAGCAGCCUGUGCUCGGAGCUCUCAUCCUCCAGCCGCAGACUCGCUGAGCUCGGAGCAAACAUCAUCGGGAACAACCACCAGAGCGAAUCCACAGUUUACAACGGAAAGAAGGCAGUCGUGUCUGAUAUCUUCUUUCAGACAGGCAUGUCAAGUCUCAUGGACCUUAGCACACCCGAGACAUUGGACAAAGGGCUGCUGAGAGAGGAGGUCACUCAGCUGCAGGAGGAGGUGCAACUGCUCAGACAAAUGAAGGAAAUGUUAAAUAAGGACCUGCAGGAGACGCAGAGCUGCUCGGCCAAUGCACUGUCCUCUACUGCACUCCACAUACAGCUGGCAGAGAAAGAACGGGAGCUGAAUUGUGCCAAAGAGUCCUUACAAGCUAUGAAAUGCGACCGUACAAGGUUGAAGGCAGAGAAAGCAGACUUAGUGAACCAGAUGCAGGAUCUCUACACUACAUUAGAGAGUCGCGAGAACCAGCUCAGAGACUUCAUCCGGAACUAUGACCAGCACAGAAAGGAGAGCGAGGAUGCGGUGAAGUCUCUGGCAAAAGAGAAGGAUCUGCUGGAGAGGGAGAAGUGGGACCUGCGCAGGCAGACCAAAGAGGCCACGGAGCAGGCCGGCCUCCUGCGCUCACAGAUCGACGUGAAGGAGAACCGAAUUAAAGAGCUGGAAGCUGAGCUAACCAUGGCCAAACAAUCUCUGGCCACCCUCACUAAAGAUGUUCCAAAACGGCACUCGGUGGCCAUGCCCUCCGAGCCACUGGUGAACGGGAGUCAGGAGUGGGUGAUUCAGGCCGAGCUUCCUCUCACUGCAGCCAUCAGGCAGAGCCAACAGUCCCUGUACCAUGCAGACAGACAGGCUGCAUUACGAAUCAGCCCAUGUCACUCACGUCAGCCCUCGAUACUCUCAGACACAUCAGCAGCUGAUGGUGACCACUCAUCUACCCUCAGUGACAUGAAUUCUCCUCGCCACCGGACUCACUCUCUCUGCAAUUCCAUGGAGGACCUCGAGGACCAGAAGCGUAAGAAGAAGAAGGAAAAAAUGAGCCUGGGCUCGCUCUCUCGAGUGUUCACCCGGGGAAAAUCCCAACAGAAGGUUCUGGACCCUGGCUUGUUCGAUGGUACUUUUACCACUGAUUAUUAUAUUGAGGAGGACGUCGACUGGUGAUUGGAAGCUCUUGUGGGUUUGCAUGAUUGAGCAUGUACUGUAUGUAUGUAUGUAUAAAUUCAUGUCUGAGUACAUCAUGAGAGGAUUUUCGGCAUUUGUCAUGGACAUUAAGACAACGCUGGAAUUAGGCUGUUUUUGAAAGUUGGAAUUAUUUUGAUGAAAUAAAAUCAGAACAAUGUUGACUAUAUGAGAUGGAAUAACGUUGAAUGAAUGCCCCUAACACAAUGCUGCAAAAAUUACAUUAAUACUAAACUAACAAUCUGAGCAGGAUUCACUAUGAGAGAACUCCAUGAUUACCAGUGGACCACUAAUGAACAUGCUGCUAAGGCCAGUAAAUGGGUGUAAAAAAUACCAUAUUACAGUAUAAUAAUGUGGGACACCUCACAGUUAUAUUUCCCUAAAGAAAAUGAAAAGAGUUACCAUUAAAGCUCUAAAAGAUACAGAAUUCUGGAAUUCGAAACUCAAUGGACCAUCAUGUGGUCAGAUGUUGUAAAAAUACAUGUUAAUUAGCAUA